AUGGACGCCAUGAAGCUGAAGUCCUCCCCGGUUGGAUCGCCGGUGGGUGCCGACGGUGCCUCCACCUUCGCACCGAGUGAGGCCGCUUCGCGUGUUUGGUCCCGGCAGUCGUCGCCAGAUCGGGAGGAGCUGGCGCCGCGGUCGGCUCCCUUGGAGCUUCGCUCCCUCAAGGUGGCCCUUCAGCAUGCGCGCUUGCAGCGCUGCCCUCUCCGAGCUUGGCUGAAGCAGCAGCGGGGGAUUGCCGCCGAUCUUGCUGCCCUUGAGGACUCCGAGUCUGAAGAGGAGGCCGACCCCGUGGUCGCGAGGCGCAUGAGCCUUUUGGCCCGCCAAUUUGCCAUGGGACUCAACAUGAACGAAGAGCAAGAUGAUGAAGAGACGGUGCACCGCAUCCGAAUGGCCGUGCGGGCCCUUGCUACUCCCGCCGCAUGA